AUGGCUCGAAAAAAAGAUAAAACUGCUACUGGUGAUGGUGGUGGUGAAGAUAAAGUAGACCUUACCACAAUACAACAACCAAUCUCCAUAGAUAUUAUAACAUCAACGCUAAGAGAGCGUUAUCAACAUGACUUGAUUUAUACUCGAAUAAAUUCUUCCGCACUAGUUUCAAUAAAUCCUUACAAAAUAUUGCCCCUUUUUAAUGAUUCAACUGUACAAGAGUAUGUUGCUGAUUAUAAAGACUCCUCGGGACAAAGAACUUCACCACCCCCGCACGCUUUUCAAAUUGCUUCUCAAGCAUAUUUACAUAUGCGAAGAACUGCUGAAGAUCAGUCUAUCAUAUUAAUCGGUGAAUCUGGUGGUGGUAAAUCAGAAGCUCGUAAACUUUUAGUUAAAGAACUCAUUGCAUUAAGCUCACAUCAAAAAAAAGAAUCAAGAAUUCAAAAUCAAGUUCCUGCUUCAGACGGUGAAUCUGGUGGUGGUAAAUCAGAAGCUCGUAAACUUUUAGUUAAAGAACUCAUUGCAUUAAGCUCACAUCAAAAAAAAGAAUCAAGAAUUCAAAAUCAAGUUCCUGCUUCAGAGUUCAUUUUGGAAUCAUUCGGUAAUGCAAAAACAUUAAUAAAUAACAACGCAUCACGCUUCGGUAAAUACACUGAAUUACAAUUCAAUGAACGUGGUAGGCUAAUUGGUGUAAAAACUCUUGAUUACCUCCUGGAAAAAACCCGUGUUUCAAGUGUACCUGCAAGUGAAAGGAAUUUUCAUGUAUUUUAUUAUCUGAUUGCCGGUGCUUCAAAUGAUGAAAAGUCUCAUCUACAUCUAACGACAACUGAUGCCUCACAAUAUCGUUAUCUCAAUCUAUCAAAAUCAACUUCAAAAGUCUACAAUAACAUUAAUGCUGAUGAAGCAAAUAAAUUCAAUGAAUUAAAACAAUCAUUAAAAUCUUUAGGUUUUCAUAAAAAACAUGUUGCUCAAAUGUUCCAACUACUGGCUGCUAUAUUGCAUCUUGGAAAUAUUCAAUUUUCCCAAGAUCCUAAUAAACAACAAGAUGCUGCCUUUGUUAAAAAUAUGGACGUUUUGGAUUUGGUUGCUGACUUUCUAGGUGUAGAGCCUCGUGCUUUAGAAUCUGCUCUUACUUAUAAAACAAAAUUAAUCAAAAAAGAAAUAUGCACAAUUUUUCUGGAUAUUGAAGCUGCAUCCGUACAAAGAGAUGAAUUGGCAAAAGCUCUUUAUUCCUUACUGUUUAGUUGGAUAGUCGAAUACAUCAACACUAAAAUUUGUCGUGAAGAUUUUGCCAGCUUCAUCG